AUGACGAAACAACUCACCUCAGGGAUCGCCUCCUCGCGGAGGAAGUCGCGCAAGGCGCAUUUCAGCGCUCCGUCCAGCGUUCGACGAGUGAUCAUGAGCGCUCCUCUUUCCAAGGAAUUGAGGGAUAAAUACAACGUGCGAUCCAUGCCCGUCCGAAAAGACGACGAAGUCAUCAUCACCCGAGGCGCCAACAAGGGCCGCACCGGCAAGGUCACCUCCGUCUACCGUCUUCGAUAUGUCCUCCACAUCGCUUCCGUCGUCCGAGAGAAGUCGAAUGGCCAGUCGGUCCCGAUCGGAAUUGCCGCUUCCAAGGUCUCCAUCACCUCCUUGAAGCUGGACAAGGACCGGGAAUCCAUUCUCGAGAGGGCAGCAAAGGGCCGUGAGACGGGGAAGAAGGAUGCGUCGGCAUGA